AUGGGGUCCCCUUCAGCCUGUCCAUACAGAGUGUGCAUCCCCUGGCAGGGGCUCCUGCUCACAGCCUCACUUUUAACCUUCUGGAACCUGCCAACCAGUGCCCAGACCACUAUUGAAGUCGUGCCGUUCAAUGUCGCAGAAGGGAAGGAGGUCCUUCUACUAGUCCAUAAUGAGUCCCAGAAUCUUUAUGGCUACAACUGGUACAAAGGGGAAACGGUGCAUGCCAACUAUCGAAUUAUAGGAUAUGUACAAAAUAUGAGUCAAGAAAAUGCCCCAGGGCCUGCACACAACGGUCGAGAGACAAUAUACCCCAAUGGAUCCCUCCUGAUCCAGAACGUCACCCACAAUGACGCAGGAAUCUAUACCCUACAAGUUAUAAAAGAAAAUCUUAAGAGUGAAGAAGUAACCAGCCAAUUCUACGUAUUCUCGGAGCCACCCAAGCCCUCCAUCACCAGCAACAACUUCAAUCCGGUGGAGAACGAGGAUACUGUGGUUUUAACCUGUCAACCUGAGACUCAGAACACAACCUACCUGUGGUGGGUAAACAAUCAGAGCCCCCUGGUCAGUCCCAGGCUGCUGCUCUCCACUGACAACAGGACCCUCAGUCUACUCAACGUCACAAAGAAUGACAUAGGACCCUAUGAAUGUGAAAUACAGAACCCAGUGGGUGCCAGCCGCAGUGACCCAGUCACCCUGAAUGUCCGCUCCUCAACCGAGAACCUGCCCACCAGUGCCCAGACCACUAUUGAAGUCGUGCCGUUCAAUGUCGCAGAAGGGAAGGAGGUCCUUCUACUAGUCCAUAAUGAGUCCCAGAAUCUUUAUGGCUACAACUGGUACAAAGGGGAAACGGUGCAUGCCAACUAUCGAAUUAUAGGAUAUGUAAAAAAUAUGAGUCAAGAAAAUGCCCCAGGGCCCGCACACAACGGUCGAGAGACAAUAUACCCCAAUGGAUCCCUCCUGAUCCAGAACGUCACCUACAAUGAUGCAGGAAUCUAUACCCUACACGUUAUAAACAAAGAUCUUGUGAAUGAAGAAGUAACCAGCCAAUUCUACGUAUUCUCGGAGCCACCCAAGCCCUCCAUCACCAGCAACAACUUCAAUCCGGUGGAGAACGAGGAUAUUGUGGUUUUAACCUGUCAACCUGAGACUCAGAACAUAACCUACCUGUGGUGGGUAAACAAUCAGAGCCCCCUGGUCAGUCCCAGGCUGCUGCUCUCCACUGACAACAGGACCCUCAUUCUACUCAACGUCACAAAGAAUGACAGAGGACCCUAUGAAUGUGAAAUACAGAACCCAGUGGGUGCCAGCCGCAGUGACCCAGUCACCCUGAAUGUCCGCUAUGAGUCAGUACAAGCAAGUUCUCCUGACCUCUCAGCUGGGACCGCUGUCAGCAUCAUGAUUGGAGUACUGGCUGGGAUGGCUCUGAUAUAGCAGCCCUGGUGUAGUUUCUGCAUUUCAGGAAGAGUGGCAGACUGGACUGGACCCUGAAUUCUUCUAGCUCCUUCAAUCCCAUUUUCUCCUGUGGAAUCACUAAGUAUAAGACCUGCUCUCUUCCUGAAGACCUAUAAGCUGGAGAUGGACAACUCAAUGUAAAUUUCAAGGAAAAACCCUCAUGCCUGAGAUGUGGGCCACUCAGAGCUCAUGAAAAUGUUCAACACCAUAAUGAGAGACACUCAAAUUGCCAACCAGGACAAGAAGUUGAUGACUUCAUGCUGUGGACAGUUUUUCCCAAGAUGUCCCGAGCCUCAUCGUGACAAGGCUCUUAUCCCACUCCAUUUUUCCCUGCUCAUGCCUGCCUCUUUAAUUUGGUAAGAUAAUGCUGUAACUAGAAUUUCACAAUCAGCGCCUUGUGCAGGUAAUUUGACAGAGCUUUGGAUGUGUCAUGUCACCAUGUCAAACCCAAAUCUUUGACCUACGGGAUCCUUUAUUCCACCCAGUGGCUAACUUUAACAACAUCCCUAAUACAACUGUUUAUUCAAAUACACGGUGGUCCCUUUUAGAGUUAGACCUCUAGACUCGCCUGUUCUCACUCCCUGUUUUAAUUUAACCCAGACAUGGGAUGCUAGAUAACAGAAUUGCUCCCUACUAGCUAAACAGGGAGGAGUUUGUGCAGUUGCUGACACUUCUUGUUGCACAUGGAUAAAUACAGCGGGUACUAUAGAGACUCAGUUGCAAAAAUUAACAAAUAUGCUGCUUGGUUAAAAUGGGUAGGCUUCUCAUGUGGCUCAUUCUUUAAUCUAUUCUAUUUUAUUUGGUUUGGUUCAUGGCAUCUCUGCCUAUGGAUCAUACUCCAAACUCUUGGUGUUAUCCUCCUGAUUGUCACAAUAUUAGUUACCCUGGUGUGCUGUAUUCUCUAAAACCUUUAAAUGUUUGCAUGCAGCCAUUCAUCAAAUGUCAAAUAUUCUCUCUUUGGCUGGAAUGACAAAAACUCAAAUAAAUGUAUGAUUAGGAGGACCUCAUAACCUAUGAAUGAUGGAAGUUCAAAAUGAUGGUAACUGACAGUAGUGUUAAUGCCUUAUGUUUAGUCAAACUGUCAUUUAGGUGACAGCCUGGUGACUCCAGAAUGGAGCCAGUCAUGCUAAAUGCCACAUACUCACACUGAAACAUUGAGGAAGCAGGUAGAUCCCAGAACAGACAAAUUUUUCCUAAAAACAGGAGAGUCUAGGCUGUCUGAGUCAGCAUAGUAAGAAAGUCCUUUCUGCUUUAACUCUUAGAAAAAAGUAAUAUGAAGUAUUCUGAAAUUAACCAAUCAGUUUAUUUAAAUCAAUUUAUUUAUAUUCUUCUGUUCCUGGAUUCCCAUUUUACAAAACCCACUGUUCUACUGUUGUAUUGCCCAGUAGGAGCUAUCACUAUAUUUUGCAGAAUGGAAACUGCCCUGAUUCAUGAAUCACAAAUAAAAGCCAAUUGGAUCU